GCCUACUAGUGGUUUGUAAUUAGAACUGCCCUAUGAUGCUCCAUACAUUAUCAAUAAAAACCCAUGAAAAGUUUAUAAAAAUCAUUGUGGAAAAAAAUGAAAUCUGACAUAUACUAUAGUCUAAAUCAUAAUUUAAUGGAAUAGUGUCAAUAAUAUUUAAACUAAUCGUAAACUACAUUACUACAGUACACUAUGUAUACUACCUGAGUUAAAUUAUGCCCAAUUUCAACAGUGCAAUAUGUUUGGUAAUGCUGUUAAGAUAUUUGUGCUUCUAAUGCAAUAUACUGUAAUUACUGAAUCUCUGUAUGCUCUUAACAAGAAUACGAAUUCCUGCAAUGGAAAUGGACAUUAUGUUGACGGGAAAUGUCAGUGUAAUGAUGGUUUCAGUGGUGAAGUGUGUGAAUCAUGCAUUGGGAGAUUCGUUUUAACAGAUAACAGUGGAACAAUAUCUAAGUGGUGCAGACAUGGUACACUUCAGUAACUGCAUGGGAAUCAUUCAACCAAAGAAUAUCACAAACAAGUCAAUCUACAUUCAGUUUGUCUACGUUGAAAAUUCUUGUUCUUGUGAUUUUCUGAAUGUAUACGAUGGUUACUCUGUACAUGAUCCAUUUCUUGCAACAUAUCAUGGUGCUGUGAACCCAAUUCAAUUACCAGCAGUUGUAUCUAGCACUGGUUCAGUUGUCCUUCAAUUCAACAAUGAUGACAUGCCAUUUCUUAACAAAGGUUACACACUAUAUUACUGGUUAGAUGAUUAUCCACCAAGUGAUCCAGGGGAUGUUGGAAGUGGUGAUGAACCAGAAAACAACACAAGUUGCAUAGACAACUGGUGUAUACAUAAAUGGCCAGAGUUCCUUAAACAAGGAAGAGCUUCAGCUGCCCUGCAGUCUUUAAAUGGCAUGUUAUAUAUAUAUGGAGGAUACCUAUUUACCCUGGCAUCAGAACAAAACGAUUUUAUGAGAAUGAACAUGACAAGUUUUGAAUGGGAUGUAGUAACAAUGGGCAACACUUCAAACACACCUGGUACCAGAUAUGAUCACACCAUGGUUGUUUGGCAAGAGAACUUGUAUAUUUACGGUGGCAGCUUAAGCAGUCACAUCAUCACCAACGAAAUGUGGAUGUAUAACACAACAAAUUCAACUUGGAAAAAAAUUAUUGCAAACAAAACUUUCGACUUUGAAAUACCAAGAUUAAAAGGUCAUACAGCACAUAGCGUUAAGUUAAAGAACGGCCGAGAUGUUAUGUUGGUGUUUUUUGGAUACCAUCCUGGCUGGAAAUUCUCACCUUUUGUUUUUGAAUUUGAUUUCAUGAAAAACCUGUGGAGCAAAGUAACAACUAUGGGUGCAAUGCCCAUCGGUAGAUAUGGCCAUACAUCAGUACAUGAUCAGGAUACAAACAAUGUUUAUGUGCAUGGUGGAUCGAAUGACAACAUUUAUUAUCAUCUGUAUGUAUAUAAUGCUGAUGCAAUGCUAUGGACAAUAUUACCGCAUUCACCACAAGUACGUUACUUGCAUUCUAUGGUAAUGUUGGGACGUUCACUUUAUGUUUAUGGAGGUUUAUCAGAUGCUGCCCACUGUCAAUGUUCAAAGCUCACUACAGUGAGAUACAGCAUUGAUGACAAGAUUUGGUCAAAUGUUGAAGAAAAUGAGUUAAAAAUCACAUAA